GUGCCCGGGGCCGGCCCGCGCACUGGGCUGUAGCGGCACCGUGGGCCUCGGGACCGCUUCUCGGGCCUGUCUUCGCCUCAGCCGCUCCGCGGCCCCGCCGGACCUAUGUCCCGACUGCCCCGAAUGCUGGCUGCUGCGGGCUCCCGCUCUAACGGCCCUCUUCAGGUUCCAUGUGAAUGGUAAGUGGGAUCAGCCCACAAAAACAAGACAAGAUGUUCUCAAGACCAAAGCCUGGGGAGUCCGAAGCAGACCUGAUACACUUUCAAAACCAGUUCCUGGCAGCCAGAGCUUCACCUGCAGUGAAGAUUGUGAAGAAAGCAGACAAGAGGAAGGGAGAGGAAAGGAACUCAGAUGCUGAGAGACCCCAGCUACAGGACAGCAAGGAUGUGGUCAUGCUGGACGAUUUUCCUGAUAUUCUCCCUGCUUUAACUCCUGGUCCUCCAAAAAAGUCCAAAAUCAAAAGUGCCUGUGUCCACUUUGAUGAUGAAGAUCCAGAGGAAAGACUAGAGAAUCAUGAUCAACACAUUACAGCAGUCUUCAGCAAAAUCAUUGAGCGAGACACAAGUGCAGAAGCAGUAACCAUGCCAGUGCCCACUGGAGACCCAUUUCCAAGGAUAUUUCACCGUUCUGAGAUAAAAAGUGAGGUGAAGGUGGGAUCUGGAAGAAAAAGCAUCUUUGCACAAAAGAUGGCAGCAAGAAGAGCUGCUGAAAAGCCAGCAACAGCUCCCUCUGCUGAGUGCACUCAAAUAGCAUCAGCUUCUCUGGACGUUCUGAAUCCUGAGGGAUCAGCAGAAGAGGCACCAGGGGCUAAUUCCAGCAAUGGGGACAAUAAAGCUGAUGACGUUUUCAUCUCUCAGCGGCCUUGUAUCAUAACGGGAGAGGGGCUUGGAUGUCAAAAGAGUGAGCAGGAAGCUCAGGCUAUUCAUGAAGAGAAUUUAGAGAAACUACAGUCCAUGUCCCAGGAAGAGAUCCUGAAGGAGCAGGAAAGGCUUCUGGCUCAGCUUGAUCCCAGUUUAGUUGCUUUCUUAAAGUCACGACGCAGUGGUAAUGUAGGCCAGAAAAACGAAAUAAAAAUGGAACAGAACAGACCGGAGGAGUUUGUGGAAUCUCUGACUGUGCCUCAGUGCGGUGUAGGAACGUCACUUGCCAUGCAGGAGUCAGGUCUGGAAGAAUCUGUAAGGAGGGAUGAAAAUAUGAAAAUGGAAAUCACAGAUGAUGAUCUGCCUGUGAAGCCAAGGAAAGAAUGGAUUCAUAUGGACAACGUGGAGUUUGAGAAGCUGGAGUGGAUGAAAGAUUUGCCUUCACCCCGGCAGAAGAAAACUAAAAAGGGAAUGCAAGCUCGAUUCAGUUUAAAAGGAGACUUGAUUCCUGCAGAUGCUGAUUUGCCUACUCAUCUAGGUCUGCAUCACCAUGGAGAAGAGGCAGAGAGGGCUGGUUAUUCUCUCCAAGAGCUCUUUCAUUUGUCUCGCAGCCAACUUAUUCAGCAGAGGACACUGGCCCUGCAGGUCUUGGGUCGUAUUGUUCAAAAGGCCAGGGCUGGAGAAUUUGCUUCCUCCUUGAAGGGCAGUGUUCUGCGUCUGCUUCUCGAUGCUGGAUUUCUCUUCUUGCUACGCUUCUCUCUGGAUGAUGCUGUGGAUAAUGUCAUGGCAGCAUCUGUUGGUGCUCUCCGAGCUCUGCUGGUGUCAUCUGAUGAUGAGAAAUAUCUUGAUUGCACUUUCUCAUGGUACCAAGGGAUGGCUGCAUUCCCGUUUGUCCCCAACAAUGAGGAAGAAGAAGAGGAAGAAGAAGAAGAAGAAUUAACUGGAACAGAGAAGUCUCAGAAUAAAAAACAAAAGGAUGAAAACAAGCCAGAUGCAGACGUAGCCCGUUACGACGUUGUAAAGGGACUUCUGAAGACACGGAUUCAGCACCGGCUGAGGUAUAUCCUUGAGGUGGUACGACCUGUUCCAACGGUUGUCCUGGAUAUCCUGCACAUCCUGACUCGCAUAGCAAGGCACUCCUCUGAAGCAUGCAUCCAGCUGCUUGACUGUCCUCGGUUGAUUGAAACCAUUGUCAGGGAAUUUCUCCCUACUCGAUGGGAUCCUCAUGUGGCUGAACCAGGAUGUUUACUCACCAGUCUCCAUGGAGUUGCUUGCGCUGCUGCUAUGAAGUUCAUCAGAGUAUUGGCAUCUGGAGGCAGAAGUGCAACAGCCAGGCUGCUUAACAAGUUUGAAAUGAAGAGCCGGUUAAUUCGAUUUACAGCUGAAGAUCCGCAGGAUCUGCUUCUGCCAAGGGAAGAGGCCAUCAGACUGAACACUGAAGCCUUCCGGCUGUGGGCAGUGGCUGCUGGUUAUGGUCAGGCCUGUGACCUCUACCGGGAUCUCUAUCCUGUGCUGGUGAGGAUACUGCAGUCCCUGCCUGAGUUGCUCAGCACUAGCCAUGAGAAGAAUCCCAUGUUUGAGUUAUCUGUCCAGAGAGCUGCAGCAGUGGUUACUCUGCUGGUACAUGUGACACAAACUGCAGGAUGCACGGUGGAGCUGCAGGCCAAACUGAGCAGUAGCUGUGAAGACAGUGAACAGAUUCCACCUCCUCCAAUAACAUGGAAUCAAGUGUCAGGCUUACAGCCCUUUCUGGAGACCAGUAUGAAAAAAUUCCUGCAGGUGAUAUCUUGGACAGAAACUUGGCAAAUUCUUCAGCCUCUGACCACAACUUAUAUGAUCUACCUGGGAGUUUAUUACAGUGCUUGCAGUCAACAGCCAUCAGUCAAUCCAGUUGACUGCUUGGAGGAAUUGGAACGUUUGACAUCUGAGGUGCUGCAGCCCCUGCUCAGCCAGCCAGCCAUGCACAGCAUGUGGGAUUUGCUCAGGCCAUGUUCUGCUCUGUGCAACCCUCUGUCCUGUUCCCCAGCACCUGAAUCUGUCUUCAGCAUUGUAUCUUUGAGUUGUACUGGAGGCAAACCUCCUCUGAGCCUAGUUGGCUCCAAGUCACCUUUCCCUUUCCUCACUGCCCUCCUAUUUCUCAUCAAUAGCAUCACCCAUAUUCACAAAGGACUAAUCAGCAAGUAUAGCUCUGUGCUGAGCUUUGAAGGCCUGAAGGAUUAUCUGCAUCAAAGCUGGCAGACUGCACCCCCCUCAGUAACUCCCGCAUCUGCAUGGAUGCUGCGCCAUGAGUAUCAUCUGCAGUACUUCGCUUUAGUAUUGGCUAGGAAAAUGGCAGGCACUUGUCCGGAUUACAGCCGUCAUGCCUCGCUCUAUCACUGUGUUGCCAUGGCAUUGCUGAGCCGUCUGUUGCCGGGGAGCGAGCAUCUGGCUUAUGAGAUCCUGCUGGAUCUUGCUUUUAAUCCAGAGUUUCUUCUCGAAGGGAAAACUGGAGGGCCAGAAGCAGCUGACUUUUCUGAUAUUUUGCAUCUGGGUACCAGUGCCAAACUGUCACAGCCUGGCUCUGCAGCAGCAUCUUUUUCAAAGCCUACUCGUGGCGCCCUGCUGAGAGACUCAUACCAGAAUCUGCCUGCCAUCCGCUCCUGCUACCUCUCUCAUUUUGUUCACUUGCAGCCUGCCCUUGUACAUUCCCAAGCAUCCUACCAAGGACGUAAUUACCUCAUCCAAUCAAUGCUGCUUCCUGAAGUCAGAGGGCCCAUCCUGCCUUCAGACUGGCCGUUCUUUCCACUUAUCAGCCUCUACAACAAAGUGACUAAUGCAGAGACGCGUGGGGCUGUGCUGAACUCUCUCCCACUUGAUCUAGUCAACACUGUGACCUGGAACCUUCAGUGGGUCUUGUUGCUGGAAACUUGGCGUCCUAAAACCCUUCAGACCAUCCCUACUGCUGCCAAACUUGCACGACUUAUGUGCAUCUUCCUCACAGGCGGUGACCUCUUUCUAGAAGCACCAAUCCACUGUUACACGGCUGCACUUCUUUCUGUGUACUGUCAGCCCAAGGCUCUGGACUCUCUGAACUUGGAUGCUCCACUCCCUGGUUUGGCGUCCUUCCAUGAUCUCUAUAUAAGUCUGCUGGAGCAGUUUGAAGGUGUCUCCUUUGGAGAUCCACUCUUUGGAGUCUUUGUUCUUCUACCUCUGCAGAAGCGUUUCAGCGUUCACCUGCGUCUCUCUGUUUUUGGGGAGCACACAAGUAUCCUGCGGGCACUGGGAGUGCCCCUCCAGCAGUUUCCUGUGUCUCUCGAGCGAUACACUUCCCCUGCUGAGGAUAACUUGAACCUCCUGCGACAUUACUUCCGAACACUGGUCACAGGUGCACUGCGCAGCACCUGGUGCCCCGUUCUUUAUGUGGUGGCCGUGGCUCAUGUGAACAGCUUUAUUUUCUCCCAAGACGUCACAACUCAGGAGGCUGAUGCUGCUCGGAAAAGCAUGCUGCGAAAGACUUGGCUCUUGGUGGAUGAGACCUUGAAAAAGCACCUUCUCUACUACAAACUGCUGAAUGCAGAGAGCCCUUUGGGCUUUGACCUUUAUGAGCAACUCCCUCCUAUACGACUGAAGUACCUGCAGAUGGUGAUGCAAAAAGACAAUAAGGGGAAUGCACCAGUGCUUAUCUCAUAGCUAAACACCUAUAGAAGAGGACAGCUAGGGGGAAGAGCAGAAGAAAAUGAUGCUUCACUGAUGAGAAUAUGCAAUUUUCAGAUUGUUGAAGUGUCUUUCUUUGACACUUGUGGAAUCUCUGCAAAGUGAAACAAUGAUAGAGUGCUCCCAGCCCCGCUGCACAGCACAGAUCUUCUCAAGAUAUGGCAAUAUGUGUAUGUGGUCUCUUUCUUAUGAAUGCUAGAGCAUUUUCCAGAAUACUCUUUCAGAUUGUUCUGCUUCAUCCUGGAGGAGGUAAAAAUGUGUCUGAGAGACACUGGACUGAUGAAUAAACAAAAAGAACUGGAAAAACAAACAACGUUUCAUUGAUUCCAACAGGGGAUUGUGAAUUCUUAUGAUGAUGUCUGUCUUCCUCUUGCUUGUUUGUGUCUUGGAUUUUGAGUGGUUCCUUUCCCCCGCAGUUCCCAGCAAAUAGAGUAACAACACGGGAGGAAAAAACUGAUUUCUGUGAGGGCUUUGUUUGUUUGUUUGUUUGUUUUGUAUGAUUUUGAUUCUCCAAGAUAUUUCUUGAGGAUUGUAUUCUGUGCACAUUAUCAGUCAGAUUUUAUUGUGUCAUACCUUUAACAAACAACAGAUCCUGAUGCAGUGGUCAUUCUACCUUGGUUGUCUUUUAGAUAGCCUCUAAACUGCUUUCUUUUCUCCCUUAUUUAGUUACACAUAUAACAAGAUCUGAAGUAAUUUUGUUGUAGGCAGAAUAUUAAUCACUCCCUAUUAGAGGAAAAACAAUCUGAUUGUUUAACUAAAAGGUUCAUUGUUUCCCUUCUGAGGAAAGGAGAAUGUAAUUCAAAUUCUGAAGCAGAGAUCCUAAGUUUACAUCUUUUUUUUUUCUUUCUUAAAAAAAGCUUACUUGAUCCCAAUUUUACAUGCAAACUCAGUACUGCAGCCUCAAACACGAGGACUACAAAUGUAGUGCCCUACAAGACUAAUCACGUGUGCCAGGUCAAGCCCAGAAUUUACUCUUUAAGUGUAAUCUCAGUGAGGUGGAUGUUUCACUUGCAUCCAGUCGUUCUUGUAGAACUACAGUCAGUCUGGCAGGCUUUUGUUUGUAGAACUUCUAUGAACAAAGCUUGUUAUUUCUUUUCCAUUGUUAUUAUGCAUAAAAUCCUCUGGGAGGUGCAUAGUGAUGCCUAUCCUAAAGACUUCAGAUUCUCUCAGACUCAUCAGACAAUUUUCUAAUUCUACCAGUACCCCUUAGGUUAGAAGAUAAGUUUCACCUUUUUUGUCCCCUUAUUUCAGAUAGAACAUAGGUGUAACUGAUGUGUGAUUUUAAUUGUUUUUUUUUCAUUGUUGCUGUUUUUCCUAUUGCAAUUUUUGGUCUGCUGAGGUUAAUAGCACGUAAUGUAAUAAAGUACCAAGUAGUCAACUGUGA